AUGUGCAGAGAAGAACCUAACAAGAAAAACCCAGAGGUCCCUGUCAAUUUUGCAAAAUUUUCCAAGCAGUGCUCUGAGAAGUGGCAGACAAUGUCUAGGAGAGAGAAGUCUAAAUUUGAUGAAGUGGCAAAGGUGGAUAAAGUACUCCAUGUUUGGGAAAUGAAGGAUUACAGAUCAGCUAAGGGAGGCAAGAAGGACUCUAAUGCCCUCAAAAGGCCACCGUCUGGAUUCUUCCAGUUCUUUUCAGAAAUCUACCCCAAGAUCAAAUCCACAAACCCUGGCAUCUCUAUUGGAGAUGUGGCAAAAAAAAAGCUGGGUGAGAUGUGGAAUAACUUAAGUAACAGUGAAAUGCAACCUUGCAUCAGUAAGGUGGUGAAGCUGAGGGAGAAGCAUGAGAAAGAUGUUGCUGACUGUAAGUCUAAAGAAAAGUUUGAUGAUGAAAAGAAUCCUACUAAAGUUGCCCAGGAAAGAUGGAAGAGAAAGAUGAAGAAGAGAAGGAAGUAG